UUGCAGGACAAUCCUCCGUAUGAUAAAGGAGCCUUCAGAAUCGAAAUCAACUUCCCAGCAGAAUAUCCAUUCAAACCUCCUAAGAUUACAUUUAAAACAAAGAUCUAUCACCCUAACAUUGAUGAAAAGGGGCAGGUUUGUCUGCCGGUAAUUAGUGCUGAAAACUGGAAGCCAGCAACCAAAACUGACCAAG